AUGAUGUUUUCUUCUGCAGGCAAGCGCUGCUUCACGAUAGAGUCUCUGGUCGCCAAAGAGAACCCUCUAAUCGCGGAGGAUCCCAUCCGUCCGACGGCUUUAAGUUACUCCAACCCGACGACGGAUGCCUUAAUGAACAGUUACCAGGCUCCGCAGGCCAGGACCCUCUACCAGAGCCCGGACCUGGUGUUCCCGGAGAACCACCCCUCCCUCACCGUGGCUCCUCACCAGCUCGGAGGCUCCCACCACCUACAGCAUCCGCACUUCUUCGGGACGCAGCACCGAGACCCGCUCAACUUCUACCCCUGGGUCCUGCGGAACCGGUUUUUCGGACACCGAUUUCAAGGUAACGACAUGUCCCAGGACAGCCUGCUCCUCCACGGGCCUUUCGCCAGAAAACCCAAACGCAUCCGGACGGCCUUCUCUCCGUCGCAGCUCCUCCGUCUGGAAAGAGCCUUCGAGAAGAACCACUAUGUGGUCGGAGCCGAGAGGAAGCAGCUCGCAAACAGCUUGAGUUUAUCUGAAACACAGGUGAAGGUGUGGUUCCAGAACAGGCGGACCAAGUACAAGCGCCAGAAGCUGGAGGAGGAGGGACCAGACAGCCAGCAGAAGAAGAAGGGAACCCACCACAUCAACAGAUGGCGCAUGGCCACCAAGCAGCCCAGCUCCGAGGACGUAGACGUCACCUCAGAGGACUAA